AUGAAAUGUCACAUUGAAGACAAACCAAGAGAUCAUCAAAAAUACCCUCAGAAGGUAUGUAAAUGGAAAGAAUGUGGGAAGGCAUUCUUUUCUCCCACUGCUCUCAUAACACAUGAAAGGAGUCACACUGGAGAGAAACCCUAUGAAUGUUUACAAUGUGGAAAAGUUUUUUUAUAUCAAAACUCUUUGCAACAACACAAAAGAACUCACACAGGGGAGAAACCCUAUGAAUGUAAGAAAUGUGGGAAAGCCUUCUUGUGGAGAAUAACUUACUGGAAACACAUUCAUGAAAGGAAACACAAUAGAGAAAAACCCUAUCAAUGUAAGCACUGUGGAAAAGUCUUUAAAAGUCCUGAAAGUGUUCCAGUACAUGAAAGAAUUCACACGGGAGAGAAACCCUAUGAAUGUAACCAGUGUGGGAAAAACUUCAAUACUUUGAGUUCCUUAAAAGCACACAAAAUAGUUCACACAGGAGAGACACAAUAUGUAUCUAAAAUAUAUAGCCCUUAUAAAUGUAAGGAAUGUGAGAAAGCAUUCAUUCAUUUCAGUUCUCUUAAAAUACAUGAAAGGAGUCACACUGGAGAGAAACCCUAUAAAUGUUUACAAUGUGGAAAAGUUUUUCAAUAUCAAAACUCCUUCCAAGAACACAAAAGAACUCACACUGGAGAGAAACCUUAUGAAUGUAAAGAAUGUGGGAAAGCCUUCAUGUGGAAACACCUCGCGGUCAGUAACAUAUCUGGGGAUACCCAGAGUCUGGAUUCUUCUGGGUCCUCAGUACCCUCGGGGUCUCAGCGGAAAUGUUGGCCCCGAGACUCACCUCCUGCAGCCCUUCUUCUCCCUCCGAUUGUGUGGUGA